AUGGCGGUGAUGGUGGCCGGCCUGGUGUUCGCGGCGAACCUGCGCGAGCAGGCGCUGCGAGACCAGCUCGACCGCACCGCCAGGACCGGCAGCCGCGCGCUCUGGGGCAAGAUCGUCGAGACCGGCGUGCAGCGCAUGCGCGAGCGCGCGCCGGUCGUCACGCAGAAUCAGGCGCUGCGCGCGGCCCUGGAGAGCGGGGACCCGGGAGAGAUUUCUCAGGCGGCGCAGGUGGCGCUCGGGGAGUUGCGGGACACCGGCGACGUGACCCGCCUGGAUCUGGUUUCGCCCACCAGGGAGGUUCCGUAUUCCUCCAUGCCGGCAUUCGAGCCGGCUGCCGCCGCCAGCGACGACGCGCUGGCGCGCAUGAUCGAGCGAGGGUGGAGCGGCGGCGGGGUGGCGAUCGACGCCGAGCGCAACGUCACCCUGUCCGUGGGCGUGCCGGUGUAUGACGCCGACGGCGCCCUGCUCGCGGUAGCCAUCCUUGCGACGGACAUCCUGGAGGCGCUGACCGAGCUGAAGGCGGACACCGGGGCCGAGGCGCUGAUCGUGAACCGGCGGGGUCGGCUGCUGGUGGGGACCGAUCCGGCAGUCUGGGAGCGCAUCGGCGGCACGGGAUGGCUGGCGGGAAGCACGUCCGAGCCGGUGCGCUCAGGCGACCAGGUGUUUUCGCGCGCCGCGUUCCCGCUGGAUGCGGAGCUCGGCAACCUGGUGGCGAGCGUGGUGACGGUCCAGGACGUGAGCGCCGUCUACGCCGACCAGCGGCGGGUCAGUCUGAUCACGCCCUGGCGGGAGCGGGAUUCGUGCUCGUGUCGCUGGUCGGCCUCACGCUCUAUCUGCGGAGCGCGCUCUCGCGCCUGA